AUGAGUGAUACUGAUGCAUUAAAUACAAUUAUUGAAUUAGAAAACUAUUAUACUGGUGUAAAAAAUGGCCUAAUUGGUGAACCAUCGGAAAUGGUUGACAAAGCAUGGCAUGCACAUAUAUUAAAUACACCAAUGUAUUUUAGUUUUUGUGAAUCCAUCUUUGGUUAUUAUUUGCAUCAUAUACCUUAUUGGACAGCUGGUAGUGAAGAUCAACAAACACAAGCAAUAGUUUCAUCUUUAGAUUUUAAAAUACCAAUGUAUAUGAAACUGAAGAACUUAGGAAUUCGACAUUUAAAUGAAACUGUUUGGACAUAUAAAACUUCUGAGUUGAAUAAUAAUAUUAAGAAAAACGUUGAACUAUGA